AUGAUCCCUCCUGGAGAUUGCAUGUACGCGGGAAGGAAGCGGAGGAAGCCAGUCCAAAAGCAGAAGCCGUCCUCCGCCAAUGAGAAAACGAACCCAUCCAAGCGGCACCGGGACAGGCUGAACGCCGAGCUGGACCGGCUGGCCAGCUUGCUGCCCUUCCCGCCGGACGUCAUCUCUAAACUGGACAAACUGUCUGUGCUCCGCCUUGCAGUUUCCUACCUCCGCGUCAAGAGUUUCUUCCAAGCAAAUCAAGACAAAGCGACGAGGAAACACAUCAACAUUGCAUCCUCCAACCCCGAACCGGGCAGGAAAGAGAGUGUCCCAGUGUGCACGGGUGUCAAUGAAAGCAGCCUCCUCUUGGAGUCUCUGACAGGAUUUGCCCUGGUGGUGAGCAGUGACGGAAUGGUCUUUUAUGCCUCGUCAACCAUUGUGGACUAUCUGGGAUUCCAUCAGACUGAUGUGAUGCACCAGAAUGUGUUUGACUACAUCCACAUAGAUGACCGCCAGGAAUUCAAAAACCAGCUCCACUGGGCCAUGUGUCCUCCACACACCCAGGGGAUGUCAGCGCAUCAGGAUGCCCAGCUCGCUACAGGGACUGGUGACGAGUUUGUGGUGAACAGCCUGUUCCACUCUCCAGACGCGGGGGGCAUUCCUCCUGAGCUCUCCUGCUUUCUAAACAGAUGUUUCAUAGCAAGGGUUCGGUGUCUAUUGGACAGCACAUCUGGAUUCUUGACAAUGCAGUUUCAGGGUCGGCUGAAGUUUCUCCAAGGACAGAAAAAGAAAUCAGCCUCCGGGGCUCCACUUCCUCCCCAGCUGGCUCUCUUCUGCAUAGCUGUACCCCUUUUACUGCCCUCUAUUACAGAGAUGAAAAUGAAGAACAUGUUAAUGCGCGGAAAGAACAAGAGCGGAGGAGGGAUUAUCUCGGCAUUGGAGCAUGGCGAACGAGGGGAACACCUCCGAAGGCACUCCUUCAGUGGUGGUAUGGGAGAUGUAACGGACCCCCUCCUCCUUUCCUGUCCAACCACAGGAAACACUCAGAGGGGCCACCACACUCCUUGGACUCCACUCACCAAAGACAACCUCAAGUUCCGCCCCGAUGGCUACUACAACCAGGAAGAGCCCCUCAAUUUCUGCAAGUCAUCAAUGUCUUCCCAGAAGGGCCUGGGUCCAGGCUUGGGGAGCGGUUGGCCUCUCCGGUCAAACUCGGGCCCCCUUAGAACGGGCCAGGGUGUCGGCUACAUCCCGACUAACCGUUUGAACAAGGCCGGCCAAUAUGGGAAGCCGUACAGGCUUUCUCCUAGCUGCCACAGCGGCAGGAACGGCGAGGUGUUUGUCUCCAAGCUGUACAGUAGCUUGCAGAUUCCUGCUGACCCGGACGCCUACUGUGUGGAUUUAGUUAAGAGUGAGAACGGCUACGGCGAAUGCUACGACGGUCAACUUAUGCCACCCAUCAAAGUCGAGCACGACUCCGACUCGGAGAAUGGCUGCGAUCCCUUUGGGCGACCCUGGGCACAUCGGGAUCCGGACGCUAUUGACCGUCGCUACGGCAAUGGGGUGUACGACCAGGGCUCUGGCAUCCAUCUUAAAUCUGAGGCGGAUUACUACGAUCUGCAGUACUCGCCCUGUCAACGGGCCAAAGUGGGGAUCAGCCCGCCGUACAACAGCGGCAACUAUCAGAACUAUGCAGUCAACAAUAGCGGACGUUUGUUAAAAUGUGACAAAGACUUGGGCAAUAACAACGGCGACAACAGUCAGUUCAGCCCUCAGAGACUCUCUCACUCCCAAUGCGGCAAUCAAUCGAUCAACCUCAUCGACUCUCACAUCUACCAACAGGAGCCUCAAAAGCCAUAUAUGCACCAGGACUUCAACAAGCACGGCACUUACGAGUUCAAAGGUCACGGGCUGAUCCAUUCCAUCAAAAGGGAGCCCAUGGACUCGCCACCGUGGACCGAGGGUGGCCAUGACAUGAGCCAACCCAUGAUGGUUGGUCCAAGGAACAUUAUGCCAUGUGUGAGCACAGGGCACCACAAAAACAGCCCUUACAUUUACAUGCCCUAA